ACAUACAGUGGGCCAAAUCUCAGUGUCUCUCUCUUUCCCUCCUUUGGAAGGCUGUUUGGCAUCUGUCACACUGAUCUGGAACAUUAGCUACCAGCUAAAUACAUACUGGAUAACUUGUUCUGUUAUACAACCUGAGUAAGAACUGCCUGCCAGGAAUACUGGGAUAAGAAAAGGAAGAAUCUAAAAGGUGCACAUGAUUCACUGGGCCAAGGAAAACAUCAGCACAGGACAGGAACCAGGACUUUGGAGGCCUGUGACGAGUGGAGGAAUAGCAGCGUCACACAGAAUGACAACACAUUGAUUUACCUGAGCUAGACAGUCAGGAAGACACAGAGGAAUUAAGUGAUUGUGCUGAAAUAGUGGGUAAUUUUGGAACAGAGUGGUGAACUGAAGAGGAAGAUCGUGUAGCAGCCUGUUCUGGUUCCUUUGCUCAUAUAAAUCAGACUUUUGUUUGGGCCUAGUGUGGCCUCCUGAAGCAGUGACCAGAACCAUGAAGCUGUCAGGGAACGUGCUGGAUCUGGACUCCACAGACUACAGCACCACCCUUGAUCCUUCCUACACCAUGCUGGAGUUUGACAACCUCAGGGUGUUUCCUGUAGAGACAGAGUUGAUGAUGCCGGAGCCUGCCCCUCUGCUGCCACAGACCAAUGGGAGCGUGUGUUCCAUAUGUGCAGACAGGGCCACAGGUAAACACUACGGUGCUUCCAGCUGUGACGGCUGCAAGGGCUUCUUCAGGAGGAGCGUCAGGAAGAACCACGCCUACACCUGCAGGUUCAGCAGGCAAUGUGUUGUGGACAAAGACAAGAGGAACCAAUGCCGAUACUGCAGGCUUCGGAAAUGUUUCAGAGCAGGCAUGAGAAAGGAAGCCGUGCAGAACGAGCGGGACCGCAUCAGCAGCCGCAGAGGAGAGGGACAGGGGCUGGGCACUCUGUCCAUCAGCGUACUGUUACAGGCAGAGGCCAGCAUGCAUCAGUUUCCAGCCCUGACCUCCCCUAUGAGCUGUGACAUCAACACCAAGAAGAUAGCGCUCGUGGGGGACGUGUGUGAGUCCAUGAAGCAGCAGCUCCUCCUGCUGGUGCAGUGGGCCAAGCGCAUCCCCGAGUUCUGCAGCCUCCCCGUUGACGACAGGGUAUCCCUGUUACGAGCCCACUCUGCUGAACACCUCAUCCUAGGGGUGGCUCAACGCUCCCUGCCUUACAAUGACAUUAUCCUUCUGGGUAAUUACUUUGUGAUCCCAGUGAGCGGUCCUGAGGUGGAGGUGUCCAGGGUGGCUGCCCGGAUCCUGGAGGAGCUGGUCAAGCCUCUGAGAGAGCUGGACAUCACCAACAGCGAGUUUGCCUGCCUUAAAACCAUAGUCUUCUUCAGUCCUGACUGCCCAGGGCUGGAGGCCCCUCAGACAGUGCGGCAGCUGCGUUUCCAGGCCCAGGUGCUGCUGGACGAGGCCACCUGUGAGCAGCGGGGGCGUUUUGGGGAGCUGCUGCUGAUUCUGCCCCCCCUGCAGAGUGUGGCCUGGCAGAUGGUGGAGACCCUGCAGCUGGCCAGGCUCCUGGGGGAGCCCAGUGUGGACAGCCUGCUGCAGGAGAUGCUGCUGGGAGAGGGGGCCACUGGGGGCCUGGGACAACACACAGGGCACGGUUCUAACUCAAACGUAAUGAUGUUCCCCCAACCCCAAGAUCACACCCUGUCUCGGGACCUACUAGGAGGCCAUGUCGGGUUGCCAAGCAACUUCACAUCAGUCAUCCUACCUGUCCCUAGCUCUCUGCCAGUGGUGCCUCUGGUGCCCACACAGACUGGCACUGAGGUGUACAGACAUGGAGAGGGAGCAGACAUGCCCAUAGAGUCUGCCCACGGCAUGCCCAUGGCUCCUGUCCACACCUGCCUCUGAGAAGCAGACCAAGCAGCAGCAGCUACUCAACCAGAGAGGAGAAAAAAAGCUCUGUGGUCUAAACAUGCUGGCACACACACAUACACACACACACACACACACACACACACACACACACACACACACACACACACACACAUACAUACAUACAUACAUACAUAUCCAAUCUAGCCCACGGUUGGUUUGAGUAAAAUGUUUUUUUUUUGGAGGGGAAAAAUGAUAAUGGACCUGCAGUUUCUUGACUGUGUCCAGCUCCCUGAUAACCACAGCGAGGAAAUACAACACAUUUUCAUUGCAGCCCUUGGAACCUCAUUGAAGACCGAAUGUGGCCCCUGGGGCAAAAUGAGUUUGCCACCCCUGACCUGGUGUUGGUGCAUCCAGGCCGUGCUACUAUAUGAUUACAACAUGAAGUAGGGGCUGUUACAUGGACACUAGUAACCCAAAAAUGGACUCUGACUCAACCAGCCAGUCCUCUCCCUUAUCCACCUUUGCACAAUGCACAUUACACACAGGGAAUAUGAUGCACACAAUUAAUAAUUGAUCAGGAAUUGUUCUUUAUGUUAACCAUUCACUGACAAUUAAAAUCAUCAAAUCAAUAAAGACCACA